CUAAUCCCAUCAGAAGUAUCUGAAAUAUAAGAAACAUGCUCCUAAUGGUAGUUUUGACCGGAAGUGAAAGGUGGUGUUUGGCUUUUGCGCAGUGUUGUAAAUGGGAAGAAGGUACUUUUGAUAUAUUCGAGUAUCAACUAACAGUGGUACCUGCUUGUAGAUCAUGCUUUACAUGCACAGUCUACUUAACUGAGAUUUGUAUAUUUAAGUAAACAGUGGGGAAAAGGGGUUGAUAAUGUAUAUCAGUACUUAUGAUUAUUCUGUAUUGUAUAAAUGACCUUGGUGUGUUAACACCACAAGCAUACAUUCAUAAUGUCUGCGAUAAAACACAGAAGUGGGAAAGUGAGGGGAUUAUUUAAUCCUGAAGCAGGGCCCCUGAAAAAGGAAGUGAUGCGCAGCUUUAUCGAGUGUAAGUACCAGUUCAGAAAUGAGCAGCCGGACGUAUAGUAAACAUGUCAGCUGGAGAAGGUGGAGGAGUAGUUCUCACGCCUCUAUGCCAAGGCUUUCUGAAGAAGAGAAAAGACAAAAUGAGGCUGAGGUGGGUGACCUAUUGGUUCAAACUUCACAACACAACUCUCUUCUUCUACACUAAGAAAAAUGGAUCCACUUCAGACCUUAGGGGACAGUAUUACCUGUUUGAGGUCGAGUCAGUGCAUGAGGUGAUGCAGACUGAGAACAAGCGCUACCUUUUUGAGAUCACCAUGAAAAACGGGAAGAGGAAAGUUCUGGCUGCAGACACAGCAGAUCUCAGACAAGAGUGGAUUUGCCAGCUUUGGAAAGCCAUGAAACAUCCUGGGCUGAACAGGCCUGUGCUGACCUCUAACUGGAGUGUUUUGUCAGACUCUAAGCGGAGAGCUCAUAGCAGCCCAUGCAACAGCAACAGCAGUAUCAGCUGCAGUCGCCCAAACUCAGAGAUCAGUGUCGGAAGGCCUUACUCCACCAUCACCUAUCACUGGACCUCCAGCGAUCACUCUCAGCCUCUUAAUCAAUACACGACCCUGAACACGUACACUUCUCUUGGCUUGGCAGACACAAAGAGCAACUGGUAUCCAGAAGAUAAACUGGAGCAGAACGCAGAGAAGAUUGAACCUGAGAGUGAUUAUGACAUCCUACCAGCUCACAAACCCUUGAAUUAUGAAGAGGCCAUUUAUGAUACACCUCCAUCCAACCGGCGAACCAGUGGACGAGAUCGUGAAAUGACUGACAGCAUCUAUGAUGUCCCAAAGUCCAUAUUUAGGCAAAAUGAUGGUGAAGAGAGGCCCAUGAGUGGGGCGCUGCUUAUUGACAUGAUGGCCUGUUUGGGGGAAGACUCUGCAGACUUAGUCAGAGCAGCUGCCCCAAGUGCCAUUUGUAAACCCUAACAGUGCGAAUCAUUUCAACACACCAAAAGCCCACUUGCCAACCAGCAUUUAUCAUUCUUUUGGACAACAAAACUAUAUGUUGCUGUAUGUCACUGGACUUAAUUUUGCAUUGUUUUUCUAUUCUUGGUAUUGCCUGGCAUUAUCUACUAUUAUUUUUCCUAAUACAAUAUGAAAGCAUUAAUACUGUAUUUACUGAGCUGAAUUACAUAAAUAUGGUGUAUUUGCCACUUUUAGAGGCUCAUGGGUCACGCAAUGUACUGUCAUUGUUUUGAUUGAUCAGUCGAUCCCACAGUGGCAACACUGCCCUCUUCUGGCCUAAAAUUACAAGUGCGCUAAAAACCACAGAAUUGAAAUGUUCCUUAGGAGCACUUUAGUUCUAUAAUUACAGACUGUUGCCCAUCUGUUUCUCUGCAUACUUUGAACAGGGUGAAAUGGGGCUAAUAGUCAGGACCACCACAGGGCAGGUGUUUGGCUGGUACAAGUGGAUCAGACACAGCAGCGCAGUUUUUAAAAUGAGACCCGCUCUGUGGUGGUCCUAAGACAGUAUACAGAGAAAUGGCCUACAGUCUAUAACUGUGGAAAUAAGAUACACCUACAUGGUGAGCGGAUCUGAUAAAAAUGGACUAUGUGCAGAUACAAAGAACAAAUUAAAGAAUUUUUUUUUACGUGUAGAUUAAGAUGAAAAUAACGCUGUGAGAUUCUUUACUCAGUUUUGUUUUUUUUUUUUACAUCUUGACUACACAUUUGAUCUGGUUUAAAAAGAUGCACUAUAGAACUUUGCCACUGCCACAAAUUUCAUGAUUGUUUCUAUCACUGGUAAAUUAAAGAGUAUGUUGUUGUCCUAUCAGAACGAUGAAAAAAAAAUUUUGAAAAGAAAUGGGAGAUGCAUUAUCAGCACAGCAGCUAUCCUUUAUAUUGUGACCAUCUGAUGGUGAAUGGACCAACAGGAAUGUACAUCAGAAAUAAAAUUGUGUUACAUAACCUUACAUUGAAAGCACAUUUGCCUUUUCCUGCAGAGUUAUAAAUUUAGAGAUACAUGGUUCUGUUAGGAUAGACAUUUUUUCUUCUCACUGAGAAGAGCAGUACAGAAUACAUGCAAUGAUAAAAAUCUGAUAAAAGAGAAAAAGCAUGUUUCCUUUGGAUUAUAUAUACACACACAAACUUAUUACAAAAACCACCACCACCGAAAACUACACUCUAAAUGAAAGUAUGUACAGUGUGAAAUGCCCAUGGAAAUCUGACAGGACAGAAAAAGCACAAAGAAGAGAAACCUGACAAGGUCACAAUAUAAACAUGACAAGUUUUAAAAAUUCAGAGCAACAUCUACGAUUUCCACAAAUUCCAUCAGGUCACUGUGAUGUUCCACAGAGGGUUGUGAGUCGGGUCUGUGGAAGAAAAAGGGACAAUGAUUUACAUGUUUGAGGGGGAAAAAAAAAAAAAAAAAAAAAAAAAAAAAGUCCUCCCAGUAUGAAGGCAUACCUGCAGCUGUCUGAUACUGCGUACUGCCUUAUCAUCCAGUUGGCGUAGAUCAACAGUAUCCAUCUCACUAGCCAGCAGCUGAAUACACUGAAAACAGAAAAGAAGCUGAAAUUUCUUGCUGGUUUUUGAUGGAAUGAAAAAACAAAUGACACUUUCAUAUUCAGAAAGUACUUUCCAUGUAGAAAACUUAUUUUAUAUUUCUACACAUUGCGACUGAUAAAUCAUGUCAUUACACAAACAGAGCACAACUAACCUCUCCAUUGCCCAGAGGGACAUUGAUGACAAUGUCCUCAGUGCAUCCAGCGAUAGGAGAGCCGUUUACAGAGAUGCUGUACACCUUCUCUUUGUGACGAGGAACUCUCAGUGCAGGAGUCUUGGGCAACCUGGCGGAGGAGAAAAGGACAUUAUGUUCACAUCCUUAGCCUUACUGCUUGGUUCCAAGUCAUUUCUUUCUGCCUUGUUCCUUUAUAAGCGACUCAUCUGGUAUUAUUGUGAACAUGUCUGCAUGUUUUCUAAAUAAAAGGUGGCAAGCACGA